AGGAUGAGCUCGGACGGGGGCGGGCGGCCCGUCAAGGUGGGCUCCCUGGUGGAGGUGAUCGGGAAGGGGCAGCGCGGCACGGUGGCCUACAUCGGCAACACGCUCUUCGCCUCUGGGAAGUGGGUCGGAGUCAUUCUGGACGAGGCCAAGGGCAAGAAUGAUGGCACGGUGCAAGGCAAGCGCUACUUCACCUGCGAGGAGAAUCACGGGAUAUUUGUGAGGCAGUCACAGAUCCAGCUGGUUGAUGAUGGAGCAGACACAACGUCCCCAGAGACACCUGAGCCCGGCACCGGCAAGGUUCCCAGACGAGAGAUCCUGGAGACGCCCAAGUCCACUAAACUGCAACCCAGCCGAACUGCAGGCACCGUUGGGAAAGGGGCCGCGUCCGGUUCGGCCUCGGCCUCGGCCGGUGAGAUUAGCAGCAGCGAGCCCAGCACGCCGGCCCAGACUCCUCUGGCUGCACCCGUCAUCCCCACCCUCCACUCACCUGGAAACCCUCCGCCCCCUGUCCCCAGCAAGGAGGAGGAGGCGCUGCGCUCUCAGGUGAAGGACCUGGAGGAGAAGCUGGAGACGCUGAAGAUGAAGCGGACGGAGGACAAAGCCAAGCUGAAGGAGCUGGAGAAGCACAAGAUCCAGCUGGAGCAGCUGCAGGAAUGGAAGACCAAGAUGCAGGAGCAGCAGGCCGAGCUGCAGAAACAACUCAAAGAGGCUAAAAGGGAGGCUAAAGAAGCGCUGGAGGCCAAGGAGCACUACAUGGAGGAGAUGUCGGACACUGCAGAUGCAAUCGAGAUGGCCACGCUGGAUAAAGAGAUGGCCGAGGAGCGGGCGGAGUCUCUGCAGCUGGAGGUCGACUCCCUGAAGGAGAGAGUGGACGAGCUCACCAUGGACCUGGAGAUCCUCAAGCACGAGAUCGAGGAGAAAGGUUCGGAUGGAGCCGCCUCCAGUUACCAUGUCAAACAGCUGGAGGAGCAGAACGGCAGACUGAAGGAAGCGCUGGUCAGGAUGCGUGAUCUGUCUGCGUCGGAGAAACAGGAACACGUGAAGUUGCAGAAGCAGAUGGAGAAGAAGAACGUGGAGCUGGACGCUUUGAGGGCCCAGAAAGAAAAACUGCAGGAAGAGAUGACGGUGGCAGAAAAGACCAUCGACGAGCUGAAAGAACAGGUGGAUGCAGCUUUAGGGGCGGAGGAGAUGGUGGAGAUGCUGACUGAGAGGAAUCUGGACCUGGAGGAGAAAGUUAGAGAGCUGAGAGAGACGGUGACAGAUCUGGAAGCCAUCAACGAGAUGAACGACGAGCUGCAGGAGAACGCCAGAGAGACGGAGCUGGAGCUGAGGGAGAUGUUGGAUCUCGGCGCGGCGAAAGUCAGAGAGUCGGAGAAACGAGUGGAAGCUGCGCAGGAGACCGUCGCCGACUACCAGCAGACCAUCAAGAAGUACCGAGAGCUCACGGCUCACCUGCAGGAGGUGAACAGAGAGCUGACGAGCCAGCAGGAAGCCUCCGCAGAGCUGCAGCAGCAACCGCCAGCUGAGAUGUUUGAUUUCAAGAUUAAGUUUGCUGAGACGAAGGCCUACGCCAAGGCCAUCGAGAUGGAGCUGAGGAAGAUGGAGGUGGGUCAGGCUAACAGACACGUUUCUCUCCUGACGUCUUUCAUGCCGGAGUCCUUCCUCCGUCACGGCGGAGACCACGACUGCAUCCUGGUGCUGCUGCUCAUGCCCAGACUGAUCUGCAAGGCCGAGCUGAUCAGCAAACAGGCUCAGGAGAAGUUUGACCUGAAUGAGAACUGCGUGGAGAGAACGGGGCUGAAGGGAGCCAUCGGGGAGCAGCUGAGCUUCGCCGGCGGCCUCGUCUACUCGCUGAGUCUCCUGCAGGCCACGCUCCACAAAUACGAGCAGGCUCUGGCUCAGUGCAGCGUGGACGUCUAUAAGAAGAUCGGCGCUCUGUAUCCGGAGAUGAGCGUCCACGAACGUUCGCUGGAUUUCCUCAUCGACCUGCUGCACAAAGACCAGCUGGACGAGACCGUCAACGUGGAGCCGCUCACCAAGGCCAUCAAAUACUAUCAGCAUCUGUACAGCAUCCACCUGGCAGACCAGAACGAGGAAUGCACCAUGCAGCUGGCCGACCACAUCAGAUUCACUCAGAGUGCGUUGGACUGCAUGGCGGUGGAGGUGGGCCGUCUGCGGGCGUUCCUGCACGCCGGUCAGGAGAAGGCGGACCUGGCCGUGCUGCUGAAGGAUCUGGAGACUUCCUGCAGCGACAUCCGUCAGUUCUGCAAGAAGAUCCGUCGCAGAAUGCCGGGAACCGACGCUCCAGGCAUCCCGUCAGCGCUCAGCUUCGGACAGCCGGUGUCUGACACACUGUCAGACUGCAGGAAACACCUGACCUGGGUGGUGGCGGUGCUGCAGGAAGUGGCGGCCGCCGGAGCUCAGAUGAUGUCACCUCUCGGAGAACAGGAGGGGCUGGCGGCUGUCAAACUGGAGGAUGUGGCGUUCAAGGCAGGAGAACAGAUUUAUGGACUCCAGGGUGCAAACCCCUACGAGUAUCUGCGACAGUCCUGUUGCAUCGUCAUAACAACCAUGAACAAGAUGGCCACCGCCAUGCAGGAGGGCGAGUACGACUCAGAGAGGCCUCAGAGCCAGAACCCGCCACCUGUGGAGGUGCGGGCGGCGGCUCUUCGGGCAGAAAUCACAGACGCAGAAGGUUUGGGUAUGAAGCUGGAGGACAGAGAGACGGUCAUCAAAGAGCUGAAGAAGUCUCUCAAGAUUAAGGGAGAAGAGUUGAGCGAAGCGAACGUCCGCCUCAGUCUGCUGGAGAAGAAGCUCGACAGUUCAUCCAAAGACGCUGAUGAACGUGUGGAGAAGAUCCAGACACAGCUGGACGAGGCUCAGACGCUGCUGAAGAAGAAAGAGAAGGAGUUCGAGGAGACGAUGGACGCUCUGCAGGCCGACAUCGACCAGCUGGAGUCGGAGAAGGCGGAGCUGAAGCAGAGAAUCAACAGCCAAUCAAAGAUGACCAUCGACGGGCUGAGAGGAAACGGCCCGUCAGGAAUCGCUUCCAUAGUUACGGGAGUGGCAGGAGCGAACAUGAUGUCCACUGUGGGUUCAGGUUCGGGCGUCCAGGUGAUCGACUCUCCGCUGCUGACUCAGCAGAUCGAAGCACAGCGACUCUGCAUCAAACACCUGAAGAACGAUAACAACAGGCUGAAGGCUGAGAAGAUGCGCUCCCAGCUGGCGUCUCUGCCUCCUCUCCACGUCACCAAACUUCCCUCCAAAGAUGGAGGCCGUCCUGAGGUGACCUCCAGCGCUCUCUACCGUAAGACGGACCAGCUGCUGGAGACUCUGCUGCAGAUGAGCGCCAACGUGAAGGUGGUCGACAUCACAGGGAAGUCUCCAGUGACGCCCAGCGCUCAGCUACUGGAGCAGACGGCUAGAUUACAGUCUCUGAACGACACUCUGGACAGACUCAAGGGUGAAGUAGCGGAGCACGUCGUCAACCACCAACCUGGAGCUCGAGUCUCGUCCGACUUCGCCACGUUUCCUUCGACUUCGUUUGUAAAGGCGAAGGAGGAGAAGCAGGGCGACACGGUGCUGGUGGGUCGGGUCAUGGUGCCGUGUUCCCGCGGUCAGGAGCAGGUCCACCGCCUCGUCCUGUCCCAGUUACAGCUGCAGAGAGUUCACAGUCUGCUGCGGACCUGAACCU